AUGUCAGACAAACCACAAGAGACUCGGGUCAAUGAUGUCGAAGAUUUGAAAACCGCUGGAGAGACUGGUAAUAUUCGUUUGCCAGUCCCCAGCAACGAUCCCAACGACCCUCUCAACUGGUCUUUGCCUAUCAAGGUCUCAGUCUACCUGACAGUCUGCUUCUUCACCUUCAUCGCCAACGUCAACGGCAGCAACUUCACUGUCGCUAUAGUGCCACUCCGAAGACACUUCCACAUCGAUGCCACAGAUGCGACUCUCCUUGUCGGACUCAACGUCUUGAUGUUUGGUGUUGGCAAUAUCUUCUGGGUGCCUUUGAUGCGCGUGCUCGGCAAACGCCCAGUAUACCUCAUGGCCUUGACCGUCCUGACCGCGGCCAACAUUUGGAGCGCAUUCGCACAGACCUGGGGCAGUCUACUGGGAGGACGCGUGCUCAGUGGUGUUGGUGCCGCUUGUGCUGAUGCAACGGUUCCUUCUCUUGUAGCCGAGAUGUUCUUUUUCGACCAACGAGGCCAUUGCAUGAUGUUCUUUCAUGUAGCUCUGGCAUCUGGUCUUUUCUUGGGACCGCUUAUCAACGCCUAUAUUGUCGGACUACACGGUUGGCGCUGGAGCUGCGGCUUCAUCGCUAUAUUCUCUGGUGUCUUGCUCGGUUGCACCUUCUUCCUUGUUAGGGAAACACAAUACACCAAAGCUCGAGUUCAGCAUCCCGAGGACGAGAUACCCGCUAAGAGAAGCUACAUGGGAUGGCUCUCCCCAACGAUCGGAUACAAUCCUCAAGGUCACUUCCUACGCACAUUCUGGGAUAUACUGCGCAUGGCGACUUAUCCACCAGUCUUCUGGGCUGGCAUCCUCAUCGGUUGUUUCGUCGGCUGGACCAUUGUCAUUCAAAUCGCCACAACGCAAACCUUCACGCAACCACCCUACAGAUGGACCACAGGCACAGUCGGUCUCUUCUCCCUAUCCGCAUUCAUCGGAGCAAUCCUAUCCUUCUACGCCGGAGGUCGUCUUAUCGAUCUGAUCGCCAAUCGUGCUCGUCGACACGCCUCCCACCCACGCCCCGAGAUCCGCCUCAUCGCCCUCCUCAUCCCCGCCAUCAUCGGUCCCCUCGGCGUAAUAACCUACGGCCAAUGCAUCGCCCACCAAACCACCUGGGUAGGCCCAGCCUUUGGCUUCGGCAUGCACGCCUUCGCCUUGACUGCUCUCAGUAACAUCGUCGUCACUUAUGUUGUAGACUGCUAUUCCUCAUUCGCAGGCGAGGCAUUGGUGAUUGUUUUCGUCAUUCGCAAUGCCAUUGCUUGCGUGCUGAGUAUGUAUUCCAGCGAUUGGAUCGCAGAGCAGGGUGCGUCGAUUGUUUUUGGGGAGAUGGCUGCGAUUCAAUAUUUCUUGUUGGCGUGGGCUCUCGUGUUGUUUUACUGGGGUCCUGCAUUGUUGAAAUUCACGGCUGGUUAUGGACCUAUGCUGAGGGUGAGGUUAUUGCAAAAUGAGUGA